AAGAAGGCCAGCUGUCGCAUGAUCCCCUCCCCGUGCCCAGAACCAGAAGCCCAGCGCCCAUGCCAGUCAGUGCCACUGCCCAGCAGCGUGAGUGUGCUGUGCUGUGCUCUGCUCUGCUCUGCUCUGCGAUGUGAUGUGAGGCCGGCUAUUCAGCUGUAAAUCGUCUGCAUCCACCACCCUCACGCAUCUCGCAAGCAAUCUAUUCUGUCGAAGUCACUCAUUAGCCCGGUCGGACCGACAGCAGCACGGCAGUGCAGUGAAAUGGCCCUCUCUGCAAUCCACGAUGCUCUCCCACUCACACCCAUGAGCCCUACAGCGGGUCAAUCACUUAUCUCGAGCCCCACAACCUCGUUCCUUCCGCUGAGCACGCCGUGGCCGCUAAUCGGCGAGUGCUCGUCGCUGUUCGUCUCUCAAACGUCCCUCAGUGGUCUAUACGCAUUCGAUCCGUACCUCCCUACUCAGAGUGCAAUUCAAUGCCUGCCGCCAGAGGCAACGGCAUGGUGGGAUCAGUUCACGGCCCCUGGUGCCACGCCGACAGUCUUGGGGGGUGUUUCUUUGGUUUGCCCGCAAGCAUAUACAACAGCAGCGACUAGCGUGAUAGACUCCUCCAGCACACUCGUGGGGUGUUGUCCAUUGAGCUACGAUUUUGUCGCGUGGAACUCAGCUGCAGCAGAUCCAAACCCAACCCAGUGCAGGUCUGCCCUGCCUACCCAAAAGGCGGUGACCUAUAUCGAACACGCCGCCGCCGCAGACUCUUGGUCAACAUCAAGUGCAGUGGUGAGUGAGGUCUGGGCUUUUCACAUUAAUGGAUACCUCGUUGCUCCAGCUUCAACGUCGACCCCUCAAACGACCGAGACCCAGAUCAUGAAACCCCCAACGACUACGAAGGGGUCAUCUCCAUCUCCGGCCUCAGCAAUGAGCUCAUCAUCGACGACUGCAAGCACUCCACUAGACGGUGGAACACCAUUUGGCAGGGCCACCAUCAUAGGGUUGGCGUUAGGGUUGGGCUUCAUCACUGUGUGUACAAUAAUCGCAGCGAUCAGGAGUUUCCUUGCCAAAAGAUUUCGAGCGAGACAGGAGAGGCCUCCCAAUCAGGAUGCGAUGAUAGGGGUACUAUACCCAGAGCUGAAGGACGAUCCACCGGCGAUGGUUACGCCUGAGAAUUUUGAAAUGAGUCCGAGGCGAAUGCGGCGCGAAUUAUACCCAGCGGAGUUUGGGGGCGUAAGAAUGGUUGCUUGAAAAUGGUAUCAUUAAUAAUUGAAACCUAUUCUGU